AUGGCAAAUAGGAAAUUACAAACCGAGAUCGAUCGUGUACUUAAGAAAGUGGCGGAAGGAGUUGAAACAUUUGAGGGCAUUUUCGACAAAAUUCAAGCAGCAACCAAUUCUAAUCAAAAAGAAAAGCUAGAGCAAGAUUUGAAGAAGGAAAUCAAAAAGCUACAAAGAAAUCGAGAUCAAAUCAAAACAUGGAUUUCUUCAAAUGAUAUCAAAGAUAAACGGGCACUUACUGAAAACAGGCGCUUGAUAGAACAGCAAAUGGAAAAAUUCAAAGCAUGUGAGAAAGAGAUGAAGACAAAGGCUUACUCCAAGGAAGGUCUACAGCAAUCAACAAAAAUGGAUCCAAAAGAGAAAGAAAAAAUGGAAACUUGUGAAUGGGUAGCAACUCAAAUUGAUGCUCUAAGUACUCAAAUCGAAACUGCUGAGGCUGAAGUAGAACAAUUACAAAGUGUUGUGAAAAAAGGUCGAAAGGAUUCUCAAAAAGUUGAACGAUUGGGUGAAGUGGAGAAUAUGAUAGAAAGACAUAAAUGGCACGUCAAUCGUUUAGAAUUAAUAUUGCGGUUAUUAGAAAAUGGUAACAUUCCCCCAGAAAAGGUCAUUCAAAUUCAAGAGGAUAUCAAGUAUUAUGUUGAAAGCAAUCAGGAUCCUGACUUUUCUGAAUAUGAAAACAUAUAUGAUGACUUGAAUCUUGAAGAGGAGGAGGAGUUAUGGGGUAUCACAAAUGACGAUCAUCAUAGUAGUCAUGACUCUGUGACUGAUGGAGGUGUUUCAUACACAGAACCAAGGACACCACAAAAAGAGGCAAGGACCUUAAUAUUAAGAUGUAGCAUAAAAUUUUUUCCUUCAACUUCACCGACAUCAAGAAUUGAAAGAAUUGUGCCUAAAACUCCAGUUCCUGCUCCAUCAAUAAAUAAUAGCACUGUUUUUGAUUCAGCUCCUCGACAAAAGGAAGAAGAUAAGCCAAAGCUUCCUCCGAUGCCAACGUCGGCUCCAGCUCCGACGACAACAUCAGCCUCUACAUAUACAACUCCCGUAUCUACCCCUGCAAAUAUUGUAACUGUUAAUAACCUUCAAUCUCCACCGCCCACACCGACCACAUUCUCACAGGCGAAGGUUGCACCACCACCUACUUCAGUACAAAACCGAACUAUAGCAUCAAUAGCGGCAAAGCAAGAUGUUUCACAUGGUUUCGUUGAAAUCAAUAAACAGCAGUUUUCACAACAAACAAAUGAUAUUCAGCAAAUCAAUCCUUUAUUAUCUCAACCGCAAUCGCAAACUCGCGAGAGCAUACCUGGAACGCCAACUGCAACCACACAGCCUAUACAACCUCCAUCAGAUUCUAGCGCGUCUGAACAAGCUAAACAAGAAAGUUCCAAUCAGGAAUCAACGUCUUCAGAAAAUCGUAUACCGGCUGCACUUACAGAUUUAGUACGCUCAUUUGAGGCAGCUGAAGAGAAAUUUUUGAGUAAGGAAGAUGGAUUUCAUACCCAACAAAUGCUUGAAGCGAGUCUUCAAUACGUACCAGAAAGCAUGGAUUCCGAAAGACCCAAGUAUUAUGCACCACGAAAUCCAUGUCAAACAUCGACGUUCUAUCCACAGAAUCCACCAAAUAUAUUUGAUAAUCCAGCGUUAUUCGAGAAGUUUGAUCUCGAUACACUCUUUUUCAUAUUUUACUAUCAGCAAGGAACCUAUCAACAAUAUCUUGCCGCUAGGGAAUUAAAGAAACAAUCAUGGAGAUUUCACAAAAAAUACUUAACAUGGUUCCAAAGACAUGAAGAACCAAAGGCAAUUACAGAUGAAUAUGAGCAAGGUACAUAUAUUUAUUUUGAUUAUGAAGGUGCUUGGUGCCAACGUAAGAAGACAGAAUUUAG